AUGGACAUCGCUUGUCGGCACUCAAGAGGUAUCCAAGUCAAUCCAAAGCAUCGUACUACAGAUCUUGAAAACGCUGAUGAUGUAGUCCUUUUUGCUGACAGUUAUGACGAAAUGCAAAUAAUGCUAAACAAGUGUCAGCAGCUGCAGCGAGAAUCGGACUCAGGGUACAUGGGUUCAUCGAGCGACAAAAUACCACAUGAUCGCAUCCAUCUUUAUUCAAAUACCACUUGCGUUAAUAAUGUUAUCACAGAGCGUCACCUUCGUUGGUUAAGGCAUGAAAAUAAUAAUCUUCAAUUAUCUCUGGUUAACAGUAUGGCAAAUUUAACGAUCACUUCAUUCCCUUGUAAUGCAAUAUGUAAGCGAAAGAAUAAAUACAUAAUAGAGCAAGAAAAAGGAGUAUUAGGUCGUGGAAUAAAAAUACUCAAGGAAUCUCUAACCGAAAUGUGUCAAGUGCUAAAUGUAAUUAAUCUUGAAUUUACCGCAAUGAUCCAGAAGUUCGAAGAACAGUAUGAAGAUAUGCAAGUUAGAGAAGUUUCAAUAUUAGUAUCCAUCAAUCAAUACCGUUUCUUAUCAAUUUUGACUCAAUUGAUUAUCCUAACAAAACAAACGAAAUUGAAAAGGCUAAUCCUAUAA